UAUCGCAUAUGGAGUAUUGCAGUGCAUCAACAACAAUUAGAGGGAUUGUUUAACCGUUACGAUAUAAAAGUCCACCCAAACAUGGAUGCUAAGUUACAAGAAUCAUGCAUCCAACUCUCCAGUUCAGAUGGUGGACUUCAAAAUAUUUCUCAGGAUAUGUUGCGAAAUAUUCAGCAAGAUAUAAAAAACUCUGAGAUUAGUAAAAAUAUAGAAAAUAGUAAUAAUUCCAGAGAAGAACAGACUUAUGAAAUUCUUAACA